AUGCGUAGGACUCAGCAAAAGGGGGGGGGGCGGGACGGACCAGAAAUGUCUUCGCCGUGCACCUGUAGCAACAAACUCUCGAGUGCCCUUGACCAGCCAACGUGUAGCCUGGUAGCCAUGCCGGUGGACUGGGCAGUGCAGGCCUUGACCGUUGCGCUCACACUCCUGAUCGUCUUAGUGGUCAGGGAUGUUCAGGCUUGGCUUAGCCCGGUGAGCCCAAAGCCAGUGCCGAGACCCCCUGCUGAAGAGGAGAAGCCUGCUCCUGAGGAAGACAAAGAUGUGGCGUCUGCGACAGCACCACAAGUGACGUCGCCAUCGCAGGACGCCACGCCUGCUACAAAGGAUGACUCUGUGCAAGACUCAGGCAGUGCGGUGCCAGAUCCUGUCAAAGUUUCCACUCCGGUGGCAGCGCAAGGAACGCCUACUGCUGAUGGGGACGGCACAGACCAGACUAGCCAGUCUGACAACAAGCCGACGGGCCCUGAUGCAGACUCCGGGUCAAAAAAGGCUAUGACCCCGGAGAUGAUGAUGCAGGAGUUGCAAGCUUGCCACACCACGGUCAAGAACUUUGCAGCCAACAUGUCCCGCCUCCUGAACGGCAUCACGAGUGUGGCACCAAACUUGGCCAAGGUCCAGACGGAGCUUGAGAACAACCAAAAGGCGGCAAGCACGCUUGAAGCUGUGGUUGAGAAGGCUGUGGCGAAGAUGGACAAAGGACCACAGGAUGACCUCAAGGAGCUGAUCAAACGCAUCAGCUCCCUAGAGAGCAUCGUGGGGGCUGUGACGGCCAAGAUGGGGACUAUGUCACAGAACGUGGAUACCUUUGGCAAAUCCAGUGACUCCCAGCUGAAGGACGUCCUCAAAAGUGUAUCUGCAGUGGCGAGCUCGGGCAAACAGCAAGGAGUGGAUGUGAGUGGCUUGGUCACCGCGAAGAGCUCCAUGCUGGAGUCAGGCCUGAAGGAAGUGCUUCGGAAGAUCACGCAGACGGACUAUGAUAGCUGCACGAGCAUCACUCAGCAUGUGAAGGAUGUCCAUAACCAGGUCUACGACCUGGGCCAAGAGCUCUUGGCAGCACUCCACUUCCUGCAGGGGGAAGCUACCACGCAGAAGGAGAACCUCUACCAGCUGGCGACUGCCGUUGCGGACAUUGCCGAGCAAGUCAGGGUCAUUCGCGACUAUUGCGAAAGACCGGUACCGAUGGCGGUCAGUGCCCACCAUGAUGAACCUCCGAUGCCACCGCCAGCAUAUGCGCCUCAUGUCGGACAGGGGCCCCGACAGCUCAACUUGAACACUGCCUUGCCGGCCAGAACGACUGGAGGGCUACCGCAAGUCCGGGUGGAUGUGGGCAAUGGUCGUAGCAUCACGAUCCCCUUGAGCGGAGGCAUGUGA